UACAGAUUGUUGCAUCUUUACCUGAAAGCAAGAACUCUGUGCACCGACCACACGAACACAUAAACUUCUCUUUCAGCCGAGCGUCCAAUCAGCGGGGGGGCUCUGCGCAGCCCUGCUGUUGUAAUUGGGCGGAGAUGGUGGGAGCAAAACGCAGCCUUGGCACAGCGUAAACUCACAAUCCGUCUCCGUGGCUCUUCGUAGAAGACGCACCGUGUCGCGCACAUGCAACCUGGGGAAAGCAGCAGUUAUUGUUUUAGUUUGUAUUACUUCUUGCUUCUUUAAUUUCAUGAUAAAAGAUCAUCUGAUUGACACGGAUCAAAGAGAAGGUGUUUUUUUUAAUUAUCAUCUGCACAGUGGAUUACACCCAGCGGGACUGGGACUUAAGAAAGUUGUCAACCCCUCCGGAAUACACAGGGAAGUUAACUUUAUGAAAAGCUAAAAGAAGAUAUAUCUUUUCGUAAAAUUUGUAUUUCUGGAGUGUUUGGCCAUUUUUAAUGCAAGGCCUGUGCCAAACAGAGUAUUACAAUAUUUUUUUAUGGAUUAGAACAAAGUAAAACUUCAACCAAACCGCAAAGGUGAAGCUUAUCUAAAGAUUUAUGCCUUGGGGGAUGGCAGCAGCCACUUCCAGUCCGUAUUUGGGCAGCAGCAGGAUUUUAUCCGGUCCGAUCUUGCACUCUGACCGGAGAGGUGCUGGUAUGCAGUCGGGCACCACCGCCGUGACCACGGUGUCCGGCGGAUACAGAGGGGACCCUUCGGUUAAGAUGGUGCAGAGUGCAGACUUUAUGCAUGGGGCCAUGGUGGCGAGCAACGGCGGGCACAUGCUGAGCCAUGCCCACCAGUGGGUGACAUCGCUGCCUCACGCAGCGGCCGCAGCGGCGGCGGCAGCCGCAGCAGCUGCAGCAGCGGAGACCAGCUCCCCGUGGCCCCCGAGCUCCCAGCCGCAGGAGGUGAAGCGGGACAGGGAUGACCUACACUCGGGCUCCGCUUUGCACCACAGGUCCCCGCAUCUAGGAGCUCAUCAGACGCACGCUGGAAGCUGGGGAGGCAGCUCCGCGGCGCACAUCAGCAGCAUCAGCGAGGGGCAGCAGCAGCAGCAGUCUCUGGUUUACUCCCAGCCGUCAGGAUUUACAGUCAACGGGAUGCUGAGCUCUCACACCGGGCAAAGCCUUUCUCAUUCGGGGCUAAUGCGCGGGGACUCUCCUGAGCUGGAUCACCAUCACCACCACCAUCACCACCAGAGCCACAACCAUCACACGCACCAUCACCAGCACCACGGAGUGGGCCACGACCCGCAGUCCGACGAGGACACACCGACGUCGGACGACUUGGAGCAUUUCGCCAAACAGUUCAAGCAACGUCGGAUCAAGCUGGGCUUCACCCAGGCGGACGUGGGCUUAGCUUUGGGAACCCUGUACGGCAACGUGUUCUCCCAGACCACCAUCUGCAGGUUCGAGGCGCUCCAGCUGAGCUUCAAGAACAUGUGCAAACUGAAGCCUCUGCUCAACAAAUGGUUGGAGGAGGCCGACUCCACGACCGGGAGCCCCACCAGCAUCGACAAGAUCGCCGCGCAGGGGAGGAAGAGGAAGAAGCGCACGUCCAUCGAGGUGAGCGUGAAGGGCGCGCUGGAGAGCCACUUCCUGAAGUGUCCCAAGCCCUCCGCGCAGGAGAUCAACGCGCUGGCGGACACGCUGCAGCUGGAGAAGGAGGUGGUCCGGGUCUGGUUCUGCAACCGCAGGCAGAAGGAGAAGCGCAUGACGCCGCCUGGACUGCCGCGCACCCCGGAGGACGCGUAUUCUCAGGUGGGGAGCAUCGGUCCGGACACGCCGUCCCCUUCCAUAGAGUGCAAGAGGAUGUACAGCGACACGUGAAAACAGCCAGGAUGGACUGUCAGACAAGAAACUGAGAGCAAAGGGGAGGCAAAAUCGUUUCAUAACUCACCACAAUUUCUGGAGAUUUGUUUUUAAUAACAUAAAUCUACCCACAAAUUUAGUGUUUUUCAGUAUGUGUUCAUUUCAGAAACAAAAAUUGUCUUCCGUUGUGUUUUUUGGAUAUUUAUCUGUAGUCCCUGGGACAGAAAACAUUGCAGCUAAUCUAGAAAUUCCACAAAAGCAAGAAUAGACUUUAAAGAUAAAGUGAAAGAGAGAUAAAGACUAAAAAUUAAACAUUUUUUUCUAAAGUGUACAAAAUACACGUUUUCUUUGACACUGCAGAAUUUCAUGUCCUUCCUGUUAGACCUGAAAGAAAGACUUUUAUUUAAUUCACUUUAUUCACUCCCAAGUUGUUUUUGUAAGCCAGCAAUAAUAAUUUAAUCAUCUCCCUUCCAUAUUUUGUCUUGUGUAUAAGUGGGAUUAAGUUGUGACACAAAAAUUGCAAAACGUGUAGUUUAACUCUCGCUUUAUUCAGUAAGGAUUUAGCACAAAUUCCCCAAACUGUAUGUAAGGUCUGCUGUGUGCUCCUGUGUGUAGAUACACUAUUUAUUUUUUCCCCAUGUGUCUAUUUUCAUGGAAGACCAAUUAUUUAAUAAAUUUGACAUAAAACCGU